GCAGAUCCAGUCACAAUAACUUUAAUCAGCUUGUUGGAGAGAAAUCUACCUUUCUAGAAUCUAAGCUCCUGUUAGACAAUCAUACAGCUAUGAUUUCCAUUGGAGGACUCGCAGGAUUUUGGGUGAUUGCACUGCUGGCUCUUCAUGGUGUAACUGGAGAGACCCGAAUAAACUCUCUCGGAGAGCCUGACAUCCCUUUCCCACCUGCCCGUCCUACGACUCAGAACAUCGCUGCCAUUUGCCAACAAGGUCAGGGUCGUCCUAGAUACCCAGACAGCUUCUUCCCGAGUUCCAGUGGCAGCCACUUCCGCCGCCUUGGAAAGGCCAUCAACCGCCUGGAGUCAUGGUACACUUUGUGCUGCCGUGGACAGGCACAGUACAGCACCCAGGUCGUCUGCUGCGCUGAGCAAGCUUGGAAACAAGCCCUGUCUCAGUUCUGUGUGGAAGAAUACGCCACCAUGACGCUCGCAUAUGAGUGCUGUGCAGACAGAGGAGAUGCUCGAUGGACGUGCUUCAACAGCGAGCUACCAAACCCAGACUAUGACCCAACACCAGGCUACACUGCACCCUCAGUCCAUCAGGAGGCAGGAUUCAUCUUCAAUCCUCAUGCUUGCUAAAGGUGAAACAAGAUGUGCUUUGUGCCGCUUUGGGCAGGGAGAUUAGAUAAAUGUGCUCAGACUGGACAAACCUGCAUUAGAAGAAUGUACAAGCUGAGCUAAUAAUAAUAGUGUGUAUUGUUCAGAUCUUCACAGAGGAGGGUAGGCGUGGUGGUUGUGUUUAUGCUGUCAGGUUGACAACAGCAUUUUGACAGUUCUCUAUUUUAAUCAAGCUGUGGCACAACAACAGGAAAAACAUUUUCACAUGCAAAUGUUCAUUAAUAAAACUCUGGACUUCAAAACUUCAAA